AUAAUCACCAAAACAUGUAGGCACGUGAGUUGAAUUUCUUAAGUUAUCAAUUUAAUGGACUGUACUAUAUAUUUCUUUACCAGUUUGUAUUAUCUAUCAUCUCUCAGUAUCUUCUGUAACACAAUCAAAUUACAGAAAGCUGCAGUCAAUUUUAUCUGUACAAUUUCAACAUAGAUAGUAGAUGUAGUAUUUUUUAGGAAACUAAAAUCUUAAGGUGGAUAAUGUUGUCUGGAGUAACAUAAUCAGCAUAAGAUAUGUAUCCUACAAAUAAACUAAUACAAAGUCUUUUUAAAAUUCUGGCCAUCUGCAAAGUCAGACUAUGUAAAUAAAGUUUCAAAAAGAUGAAAAAUUUGAACUGUUCAUAACAAAUCCUGGACUCUGUUGUUAUGUUCUAGCCCGUGGUGCUGCCAUUACCAAAGCUAUGUCAUUAUACUCUGCUACUUACAUUUAGUGACAAGUUUUUCCAGCAAUAAGUAUGCCACAAAAGAUUGAUAUGGGAAACCAUUGGCAUUGCCAUCUCUGUUUUGAAAAUAUGCAAAUCAUAGUUUGUGGUCAUUUUUCUUUUCUUUGGCCUUACAUCUCAGCACCAUUUGGAUUUUUUUUCUUUGGCUUCAUAUAUGUCAGAAGUUUUCUGCCGAAUGGAAUAGAUAAAUGUCUCAGCACCAUUUCAAAGAGAUAUAUAGCUAUACAUGUGAAAUUAUCAUGUACUGUAAGGAUGACUUGUGGGGUGAAUUGUAUUUUCCAACAUAAUUAUCAUUUUGCUGGGACUUAGCAUUAAUUCCCCAAAAGGUUGCUCGAACCGCCAUGAGGAGUAUCUGGUGUGCGUGUGUUGCUUGUUUUUGAUCUCGUUGAUCUUGGUCUUUGACACUUGCUGCUUAACUCUUCUAUCUCUUUGCUUCUUCUCUUGAGAUGUGAGAACGGUUGUUUGCAUGUUAUCUAAUAAAACUAUAAUACGCAGUUAAUAACUGCAUAGGACUGAAUCAUUUGGCUUUGGGCAUCUCUAUUCCGUGUGACUAAUCUCACAUCUCACACGUAUUAAGCAAAACAUCUGAUCAGACUGUACAUGCGUCAUGGCUGGGCAUCAGUAUAACAAUUCCCAGAUGUCCAGAGUGGAUCAUAUGAACCAGCCACGCAAUGAACCUCCACCUUUUGGUCAAAAGUUAUUUAUGCAUCCUAGAAGUGAUGCACCUAAUGGAGCUGGGCCAUCUGGUUAUGGGGGUACAGCAGUUAGAUCAAAUGACCUUCCAUCUUCAAGCUACGCCAGUCAGUCUUAUAGUCAGCAGAGUGGAGCCCCUGGAACCUUUCAUGCUUCCCAUGUUGCUUAUCCUCCUGCUGGAAGCUCUAGUAGCGGCUAUGCACCAUUCAAUACUCAACAGCAUCUAAGCUACCCACAUAGGCCUGAAGAUAAUUUUAUUUCUGGAAUCCAUGUGGAUAACAGAAGGGUUGCACUGAAGCGAAGAAAUCCCAUCACUCAUCCUGUAGAUGGUGUCAGUGCCAGAGGCUAUUAUCCUGGCAGUUCUUCCAGUAAUCAGUUCUCUGGUUACAUGCCUCCCAAUCCAGUUCCUACCCCUGAAUCCUGCCCUCCACAAAUAACUUCAAACAUGGGUUCAAGCCACUGGAAUGAUCAUCACUUUAUAAAUCAUGAAGGAUCUCAGAGGAAUGUGAGGGGACGCCAUGAUCAUAAUUCUAUCCAUUCAGAAUAUAAUACACCUACAGCUUGCCCAUCAAGCAGCAUUCAUGUGCCACCUUACCGUCCAAAUGCAAAUGCCCCUUUCGGAAGUGCACGAGUACAACGGGAUAGAGCUCCUUUAUCUCUACCUCCAAGAAUUGUCCCCCCAGGAACAGAUGGAAGCACUAGCAUAGCAUUCAGAGAGAGGCAAUACUAUCCUGCUCCGCAGGGCACCAACAUAGGUGCUCACAUGCCAGUACGUCCUGGUUCUUCUGACAGUGCACCAUUUGUUCAUGGUGGAUAUGCUCCUAGAUCAGCUCACCAUACCACUGUCCGCAAUUAUCUUCCACCAGCUUUUGCAACUUCUUCCCACUCUUCGGUAGUCCGGUGUGAGCCUUCUAACCCCCACUAUCAACCUGCAAUCCCCAGCUACCCUCCUGCAACCUCUGCAGCAUCAUCAAGUGUCCAGCCAUUACAUACUGAAGCUGCUGCAUCUUUGAGACAUCCAAGGCAUGUAUCCGUAGGGCACACUGGUAGUGCAAGGAGUAGAAGGAUGAGGGAUUCCUUUCAUUGUUUCAAUCCUUCGACGAUUGAGGACAAUAACUUGGGAAGAUCUGCAGCCGAGCGGUUUAUGAUGCUGGAUCAGUUGGUCAUCCACGAAUCAAGGGAAGCAUUUGAUCCUCACUGGGACAUGAGACUAGACAUUGAUGACAUGAGUUAUGAGGAGCUCCUGGCUUUGGAAGAAAGAAUAGGCAAUGUGAACACUGGUCUGGCGGACGAGAAAAUCUCAGGCUGUGUGAUGGAGCUCGCCUGCCACAGCUCUUAUGCAAAUACACACAAUGAUCAAGACAAUGCAAGAUGCGUAAUUUGCCUGGAGGAAUACAGGCACAGGGACUCUCUCGGGAGGCUGAAAUGUGGGCACGACUUCCACGUGGGCUGCAUCAAGAAGUGGCUGGAGGUGAAGAACGCCUGCCCGGUUUGCAAAGCUGAUGCCGCAAACGAGACCACCUGAGGAGGACCAAAUGGUGCAUCCCUCCCUAUUUAUCCUAGUUCAGGCCAGAUUUCAUUUAUGUCUGCUCAAGUUGGGUGUGUAAAUAAGUAGUCCAAAAGUCAGGAUUUGUUUUGUGAGUUGGCUGUGAACUCAAAAACCUCAGGAUGUCCAAUGUAAGUAAAAAUAUUUAUUUAAGCAGGUUAUCAGUUAGCUGUCCAAA